GCCUUAAAUCCAUGCUGACGCCACUGACUUAAGGACUGAUGCUUUGCUAUAUAGAAGACUCACACGAUCAUUGACCCCCAUCCACCCCUGCCCUCCCUCAGCUAAACAAAGUGAUAUUAUGCUUGCCGUGGCAGGAGUAAAAAUACUGAGCAUUCCCUUCCUGAACCGUGACGUCAAACCUCACCUGCUUCACCUGCAUAGCUGAAGGCAGAACAAGAUCUGCAUUGGACUGAAAUAGAAGAAGAAGACGACCGGUUGUGAAUCAAACUGGUUCUCAAUGGACCAGUAAAGUGUUUCCCACUCUGCCAGUUAAAAGCGAUGUUUUUUGGAGCUGGAGGCCGUAGCACCGUCAGCAGAGUGUGCGUGGGGCCCCUCCUUUCCCUCUUUCCCUGCACCCCUCCUGACAUGGGAUGCCAGCCCCCUGCCUCCCUGCCCUGAGCUCUCCUGGGGCGCCAUGAACAGCUACAGAGACAGAGGGGUCACUUGCACCUCCUCGGACCUCCUUGACGGAGGAGGAGGAGGAGGUUGUUUGCCCCAGCACACUCCGUUUCGUCACACCCCCAAUGGCCACCCGGCUCUUGGCCCCACAGACUCGGCCAUUCUACAACGCGUCUCGGUGCCCAAAAUGGGUGUUCGGGCGCGGAUUGCAGAAUGGCCCCCACGCCGCGCACACUCCAGGGAGUCGCUGCUUGAAAAUGGGCACAUUAGCAGCAUUCGCUAUGUAGAUGAGUUCUCCCCUUCAAUUUCCUCAUCAGGUUUGUCAUCUGAUAUGGGGCUGGUGAGGGGAGGAGUUGCCAGGUUGCCACGACGGCGGUCCAAGGACGUAGAGUUCAGAGGAGGAGGGUUCAGCGUUGAAAGAAAUCCACAAUUUAGCCUGAGAGUGUUCCCGCCACUGAGGCAGCGCUCAAACAGCGAGGUGACGCUGAGCGAACAGGAUGAAAAUGAGGUGGAGGUUCAUGGCGGUGGCGGGAUGGGGAACAUAUUCAGAGAGUAUGGCAGCACAUCCUCCAUCGACAUCCAGGGCAUUCCUGAGCAGAGUUUCUUCGACAUGCUCAGCCAGUUCCACCAGGAGAGGCCUGACCAGCGGAGCUCAGCACCCAUACGCCUCGGGGAGCUGCUGCGCACUCCAGACUCUCCACCCAGCGCACACUUCCCGUCUGCUCCCUCACCUGGUCCCACAGGUGGGGACGACAGAGGGUCAGGAAGGAAGGACGGAGCUGAGAGAGUGAGGAAGAAAAGUGGAGGGACGGAGUCGUCACUGGGCACCUCCUCUUUGUUCAGGAAACUUCGAAGCUCUAGUCGGGGUGAGCUGGAUGGAGGGAAAGGAGAGACUAGUGAGGACGGGGGUGGCCGAGGUUUAGCAGACGCCUCCUACAAACCGUGGGUGUGCCCCAAGACUUUUGUCCACUUCGAUGCUCAGAGCAUCCUGUUUGACCUCCAUGAGGCGGCAGCCCAGCGGGGCUACGCUGCCCAGAGGAGGAACACCGCCACGGGGGCAUCAGCUGCGUCAGUGUCCCUGUCCGUUUCCAGAUCCUCAGCUCCGAGUGUGAACGACCCAGUUUACUCCAGCAUAGAGGAUCUGACCCUGAGCCUCGACCCCGGCUCCAUGACUCUCUCUCUGGGCAUGGACCCCAUGAACGGGCCUCCUGGAGCUCACAGCUCGAGCCCUCUGCUCCUCUGCUGCCCCCACUUCCUCAAUGAGACCGGUGGCCACGGAGAACGCAACAUCAGCUUUCUCAGCUCGUCAGCAGAGCGAGACAGAGGAGGAGACGGAGCGAGGGGUUGGCUGAGGAGGAGCAACGCCAGCGUCUCAGUGCUGGAGGUGCCUAUUGAACAGCAGGUUACGAGACUGGACCGACUGAAACUGUACGGCAUCGAGCAUGUAGACCUGGGGGCCCGGUACUACAGAGACUAUUUCCAUGGGAAAGAGCAUUCAAACUACUUUGGGACAGACGAGAAGAUGGGCGCUGUGGCCGUGAGCAUCCGCAGGGAAAAACUGGAUGACACCAAAGACCUGAAAGACCAGUACCAGUACCGCCUCAUCGUCAGAACAAACGAGCUUGUGACCCUGCGGGGCUCCAUUUUAGAGGAUGCGGUGGCGUCUACGGGGAGGCACGGCACGGUGCGGGGUCUGCCGCUCAAGGAGGUCCUGGAGCAGGUCGUCCCCGAGCUCAGCAUCUCCUGUCUGAGACUGGCGCUCAGCACGCCCAAAGUCACAGAGCAGCUCCUUAAACUGGACGAACAGGGGUUGAGUCAGAAGCACAAGGUGGGUGUUCUGCUGUGCCGUGCGGGCCAGAGCACAGAGGAGGAGAUGUACAACAACGAGGAGGCGUCACCCGCCUUCUCUGCCUUCCUGGAGCUGCUGGGGGAGCAGGUGCUCCUCAAAGAAUUCACCAAAUACGCUGCACAGCUCGACACAAAGACGGACUCUACGGGCACCCACUCCCUAUACACCACCUACCAGGGCUACGAGGUCAUGUUCCACGUGUCCACCAUGCUGCCGUACAUGCCCAACAACCCACAGCAGCUCCUGAGGAAGAGGCACAUAGGGAACGAUAUUGUCACCAUAAUCUUUCAGGAGCCGGGAGCGUUGCCUUUCACCCCGCAGAAUAUCCGCUCACACUUCCAGCACGUGUUUGUUAUUGUCCGUGUGCACAACCCCUGCUCUGAAGGCACCUGUUACAGUGUUGCUGUGACGAGAAUGAAGGAUGUGCCUGCUUUCGGCCCACCCAUCCCCAGCGGCGUCACCUUCCGUGACCCUGAAACCUUUCGUAACUUCCUUCUAGCUAAAGUAAUCAAUGCAGAAACUGCAGCGCACAAGUCGGAGAAGUUCCACACCAUGGCGACACGAACGCGGCAGGAGUACCUGCGUGACCUGGCUGAGAACUACGUCAGCAGCACGGCGCUAGACUCUGCCGGCAAACUUAACAACCUCAUCUCCCUAGCGUCUAAAAAACGGGAGCGCUCUAAGGCGAGAGAGGGAGCGGAGCUGGGAGCUGCGGGGGCCAUCGCCUGGAGGGUCCAUGCUCAGGACUUCAGCGGAGGUGGGACGGAGCUCGCCUGUGCCUUGGGUUUGUCGGCUGAAUACGUCCUCCUGACAGACUGCUCCACAAAAGAGGUGGUGUUUAACUGUUUCUGUGCGGACGUGAUCGGCUGGACUCCGGAGCGGCUGUCGCUGAAGAUCUUCUACGGCAGAGGAGACCACAUCGCCGUGCGGGUACCAGAGGGCUGUGCGCAGGACAUCCGGGAGGUGGUGCAGAGGUUAAAGUCGCUGACCGUGGGAUGUGAGACGGUGGACAUGACUCUGAGAAGAAACGGACUGGGACAACUGGGCUUCCAUGUUCGCCUGGACGGCACUGUGGCUGAGGUGGAAGAAUAUGGCUUUGCCUGGCAGGCGGGACUGAGGCAGGGCAGUCGGUUGGUGGAGAUCUGUAAGGUGGCCGCGGUGACACUGACUCACGAGCAGAUGAUAGACCUGCUGAGGACGUCGGUCACGGUCAAAGUCGUCAUCAUUCCUCCGUACGAAGAGGGGGGGCCUCGCAGGGGCUGCACAGAGGAGUAUGAGAUGAAGACCAUGGAGCAGAAGCCAGAACCUGAGCCUCUGGCAGCAGGCUACAGACCCUCCCCUCGCCCGACGUGGCGAUGGGACAGCCCCCCCAUUCCUCCAGGGCUCCACAGUGCCCCCAACCCGCAGCGCUGGGCCCCCAUGGGUCCCCCACCUCCUCCACUGCCCCGCUCACACAAAACCCUGAUGCCUGUUCCCUACAGGGAGCCCCAGCACCUCAACUCUAAGAGGCCAGUGAGCUACCCAGAGAACCACUACAGCAUGUCUCCUGCAGGAUUGCUUCCCUACAGAAACCCCUCAGCCAGCUUCUCCUCGCCCUCCUCAGGCCUGGUCGGUCUCUCCACGAUGGGGCCGCCUGGAAUCUCACCAGGCCCCUUCGUACGCUACAAACCCUCCCCCGACAGAUAUGGAGCAGGACAGCGCCCCCUUCUGCCCUAUGAGCCCCACCUCAGUGUGGACGUCACAUCCAGCGGAGAAUCUUCCUCAGGCUUCACCAGUCAGGAGAGCACCAUGGAGCGCUGCAAAACAGAGCCCCUCUGGCAUCUCCCAGCAUCGUCGUCUCGGGGACCGGGGGGUGGAGGGGGGCAGAGGAGACUAACCAGACAGGAUGUCCCGGGGAAAGACUCUCCAAACAGACACUCGAAGGGCGAGACUCCAUACUCGAGCCACUCCAGCAGUAACACUCUGUCCAGUAACGCCUCCAGCGGCCACAGCGACGAGCGCUGGUUCGACGGAGGAGCAGGAGGAGAGCGAGGAGCCGGCGGUUGCCUCGGCGACCCGGCCGACCCUGACCCCGACCAUCUCAACAAGGGGGGGUCUAACGACAGCGGCAUCGAUGCCUCGACCCACUACAACAACACUCGCUAUGUAAAUAUGCCAAACAACCACAAGCCCAUACACUGCUUUGGGACCUACGGCGGCGUCCAGGAGCUGUCUGUGGGAAGGAGCAGCGGAGAAGUAAGGAGACGAGAGUCUUCGCCCGUCACACCAGCCGCAGCCAAUCAGAACAAAGGGUACCGGACCAGGACAUUCCCGCCUCCUGGCUCCAGCGCUGAUAAAAUGGAUGCUUUUAAACCCAGGGCCUACACACCGCAGGGUUACAAGACUCCGACAGCUGAGAAAGCCCGGCCCGUCCGAGCCGCUACGACAACACCCACUUCAGCUCAUUUAAGCUCCAUCCCUUUGUCCAGCUCCGCACCCAAGGCCUUUUAUGGGAAGAGCAGGCCAAACGCCUGGCAGAACGAUGACAACAACAGCCCGUCGCCUUCAAACGCAACCACGACGUCCAGCUCUGAAAGCAAGAAGCAGGUGGAUACGAACUCAAAGAACGUGUUUGGACAACCUCGGCUCCGAGCCUCACUGAGGGACCUGCGCUCUCCACGACGGACAUACAAAAGCACCAUCGAAGACGACCUGAAGAAACUGAUCAUCAUGGACAACCCAGGAGAGACGCCACAAAGAGAUCCAUCUCCCAGACGAACCUUGCAGCGCACCUUUUCAGAUGAGUCGCUGUGCAGCGGGCGCAGAGAGGCCAGCUUCGCCAACUCUGAGAACCCGACGACUCCCACCGACGUACUGUUCACUUGCACGCUGCCCACACGCAGACACGCCGUCUCCUCCAACAACAUGCAGAGCAAGAAGGUGGCUCUCUCUGCCUCGGAACUGUCUCUCACUGAAGUGAGAGACAAAGUUCCCCCCCUGAGGAGACUCGAUCCCGGGCUGAUGCCUCUUCCUGACACAGCCUGUGGACUCGAGUGGUCCAGCCUGGUUAACGCGGCUAAAGCCUACGAAGGUGAGGAAGGAGACACUUCAGGAUUAGAACAAAGAGCAGUUUCCCUCUUCUCACUGACUGAGCCGCAGGGUGGGGGUCCGGACAUGAGACCGGUCGUCAGUCCAGUUCAGUUUCAGACUCCUCAGACUCCACGGACCACGCCGACCUUCAGCGGCGACGACGUGCCCAACAAUUUGUCUGGUCGGCUCUUUAACCUGGAAGUGAUGUUAAAACAGCUGAACAACGAUCUGGAGAGAGAGAAGCAUGAUAAAGUCGUUCUGCUGGCAGAGAUGGCCAACCUCAGACAGAAUAACCACCGCUUGCAGGAAGAGAGCCUGACGGCCAGCGAGCAGCUGCGCAAGUUCAGCAGGCUUUAUACUAACACUGACAAGACAGAGAGUGACAACGAGGCUCACUCCUUAACACACAACACUGACUCAAAGAGGGAGUGAUACCUGCAGAAGAAGAAGAAGAGAUCCCGGCCAUACAGGGGGCGACUUGCACACACAGCGGCGGGCGGCAGAGGUCACGAUGAUGUCUCGUCACUCAGCUUCCACUGGACUGCCUUAAACUGUAGAGAGAGCAAGACAACAGACAAUCUUGAUUUUUAAAAUGCAAACACUCCCAGAAAGUCUCACCAAGCAGAGAGCCUCCCUCUCUAUUCUCUGAGCCUGUUUAUUUUUAUAAACUGAAGUCAAAAAGUCUUAUAUACUUGUCAUAUUACAAAUACAUAUGCUACUAUGCCAGAGGGAGCGAGUAGGAGAGGAAACUGUUUUAGAAAAUCAUCACCUGGAGAGGCCUCAUACUGUUCCUGCAGCGAAUCAGCCAAAAAAAACAAGACUCAUUACGGACUGCAUCUCCCAGAAUGCACUAGAAGUAAUGGAAACGCUACAGACAUGGUACUGUAGAUACAUGCCUGUUCUCGUGUAUCAAUAUUACCUAUAUUGUACUGAUAUUGUCGUACUAAAGAGGUGUGUGUGUGUGUGUGUGUGUGUGUGUGUGUGUGUGUGUGUGUGUGUGUGUGUGUGUGUGUGUGUGUGUGUGUGUGUGUGUGUGUGUGUGUGUGUGUGUGUGUGUGUGUGUGUGUGUGUGUGUGUGUGUGUGAGAUGAUGGUACAGCGUUAUGGCACAACAGUGUUUGUGCUCAAGGCAAGAUGCAUUUUCCUACCCUGUGGUGUGAGUGUGAGAAUGUGACGGUCUGUUAUAGGACGUUUUGAGUGAUGAACAAACUAGUUUACUGUAAAAUGAAAACUUGUGGGCCACAAUAUUUUUCUUUCCUCCGUUUACAUGGAUGAACCUGUGGCCCCUUUUUAGAUGUGAAACAAGCCAUCGGCGUGUUGAGCGAGUGUAAAUGGUCGAUGUCAUGAAGCUCAGUGAUAUUAAUCAUCUUAUCUAAUGUAGUGCAUUACUUUGAAUUUAAUUUUCACUGUUUUCAGCAGUGCCGUAUCAUCUCAGAUCUUAAUGUACUGGAUCAUUAUUUUAACCUUGAGUCAUUAUCCCAGAACUUCUUUGAACUUAUCUUUUCUUUCUAAUAUUUAAAGCAGUUUUGUAACCUUAUGGCGGAGACUUUAUGUUAAAUAUGCCGUUAUUAGCUUAGCAUGAAGACUGUAAACAUGUAAAAACAGCCAGCCUGGCCUCCCAGCACCUCUACAGCUCACUAAUUAACAUGUUAAAUGUUUGAUCUAUUUGGUCUGAUCCCAAACAAACUUUAGACUAUUUGUUUUAGCGAGUAAGAGAGAGCAGCAACUUCCAGUAGUCUCUGCUGAUCGUCUGGUCCCAGGGUUACACCAAAUACUGUGACCAAUUUCAGCCCUCUGCAAAAUGUUGCGUGUUGUCGUUUCUUUUUAAAUCACAGUUUAUCAUAUACUUGGUUUUUGAUAGCUGUUACCAAAUUACCGCAGGACGGACGGAGCCAGGCUAGCCGUUUCACUCUGUUUCCAGUCUUUAUGCUAAGCUAACAGUCUCCUGGAUGGGGCUUCAUUUGGACAUGAGGGUGGUGUCAAUCUCCUCAUCUUACUCGCCACUAGAAAAUGAGUAAUGGUAUUCUCCAAAAUGUUAAAUUAUUCUUAUAAUAGUCUUCUUUGCAUACGAAUCUAAACUAAGCUCCCACCCGUAACGUGUGCUUACAGAAAACAUUUACUGUACAUGAAACUACAACACUGAAGCUCCUUCACAUCAGAACCAGUCUGUCUGUGCGUACGAGAGGAUUUGUCCCCGUGUUCUGUGAUGACCCAAAUGAACACAUAAGACACUAUUUAUACUGCUAGCUUGCUUAAUGAUAUUGUCUACUAUAUCUAUUUUUCAUACACAAAUAAUGUUUUUUGGACGCUGGUACUGAACGGACAAUACAUCCCUGCAGAGGAUGACUCUGGAUCGCUGAUGAAUCACCUGCCACUCUCCCAUCAGGACGUUUCUUCUUCCCUGCUCUGACUGGAAAUCCUAACUGGCUCAGGUUCCUCACAAUGCCGUUAAAUGACACUACACCAUCAGUUAGGAGCGGGCGAUGUGACACAUUGAAGCCUGAGACCAUGUAAAUUUGUGUUUUGCCAAAAAUGUUUAUACUAUUAUCCCUUUUAAUAUCUCUUGGUGUAUUAGGUCAUUGUGUUGAAUUGAAUUUUAAUACUUUGUUCAAAAA